AUGGAAGCACAACCUCAAUCACCCAGAUCAGCCUACUUCACCUGCUCGUCGAUGAUCAAAAUGUCCACUGUGAAACUCGAAUCCGGUGACCUUGCCAUCUGCGAAGUAUGCGGUACACAAUACGAUGUCCCCCUCUCAUCACCACCAAAAGAGUGUCGCAUCUGUCUUGACCCACGUCAAUACGUGCCAGCGCACGGGCAAACAUGGACAUCCCUCAACGACAGCCAAGCCGUCCAGAAGAAUGAGUUCCAAACAGACGAGCACGACAGUCGCAUCCACUACCUAACCACCAAGCCACUGACACCCGCCGAACUACCGCCCGGCCUCUCCGACUCAACAACAACCCGAAAACAACUCGGCAUCGGCCAGCGCUGCAUCCUCCUCGAAACCGAGUCCGGAAACAUCCUAUGGGACCUGAUCGCCUUCCUGAACCAAGAAACCAUCGACUUCAUCAACGGUAAAGGAGGCCUGAAAGCGAUAGUAAUCUCGCACCCGCACUUUUACACGACACAUCUUGAAUGGGCCACGCAGUUCUCAUGCCCGGUGUACAUCGCGUCCGACGACGCAGAGUGGCUGAACCGAGCAGACAAGAACGGGGUGCGGAAGUGGAUCAAGAAGACGGAAGAGGUCGUCCCCGGCGUAACGGCAGUGCAAUGCGGUGGCCAUUUCGACGGGAGCUGCGUGUUGCACUGGGAGAGGAAGUUGUUCAUUGCCGAUACCAUGAUGAGUGUCCCCUCCGGCUUCUACAACGCGGCUCAGCCCAAUCAGGACCCUCGCACCACGGCUUUCAGCUUCAUGUGGUCGUAUCCCAACAUGAUCCCUUUGCCACCGAGCCAGAUCCAUGGUAUUUGGAAAGCGCUCAAGCCGUAUGAGUUCGACUCGACGUAUGGCGGGUUUCCAGGCCAAAAUGUAACGCGGGGGGACUUGAAGAGGCAAGUGUUGGAGAGUAUGAAGACAUUUCUAAAGAUAGGUGGACAUGAGAAUGCGAGUGUGUUCGAGGAGACUUUCUGA